AUGCUACUCAUCGCAGUGGACAGCUUCUCACGUUGGAUUGAAGCAAUUCCGGUUAAGAAUGCUUCGUCUGAGCAAACGGUGAAGGAACUUCGAAGUGUAUUCGCACGCUUUGGAAUUCCAUACUGCGUAGUGUCAGACAAUGGCACGCCAUUCACAGGAAAAGCAUUCCAGGAUUUUGUGAAAGCUAAUGGGAUACGACAUAUUCGUACAGCCCCAUACUACCCGCAGUCAAACGGACUAGCAGAAAGGGCGGUACGCACGGUGAAGGAUGCGUUGAAGAAAAUGAAGACUGGGGAUUUGCGCACAAAUGUGGACAGCUGGUUGCAUUCUUACAGUCGAUCACCAAACACUGUGUCCGGUAAAUCGCCCUCGCAAAUGCUACUUGGGUACAACAUCAGGUCAAGAUUGGACCUCAUCAGCGUCCAAGAACUGCACAAAGAAGCUAUCUCAAAACCUGACCGGGCACGACCAAGCCCAGAAAAAGAAUAA